AUGUCUGCCAAUAGCCCCCUUAUUUCUGCGGAUGACGAAUGGUCUCCUUUGAAGGCGGUCAUCGUUGGAAGAGCAGAGCAUUCGGCCUUCCCGUCUGAGCCCUUCCACGCGAUGGCGGCAACCAUGAGAAAGGAGCACUUGGCUGAGUUCCGACCUGGGAACCCCUUCCCGCCAGAGGUCUUGGAGAAGGCUCAGCAGGAGCUCGACAACUUUGCUGCCGUUCUCGAACAAAACGGCGUGCGUGUGUAUCGCCCCAAGGAGGUCGACUGGUUGAAAGUCGGUGGCUUUACCGGAGCAAUGCCGCGUGAUACCUUCAUGACGGUGGGAAACACGCUCAUUGAGUCCCCAUUCCCCUGGCGCUGCCGCCAAAAGGAAGUCCAGCUGGGAUAUAUGGACAUCCUCGAUCUGCUCAGCAGCGACUACUGCGCAAGAAUCUGCCGAGCGCCCACUAUCGUCGGUAGAGAUACCAUCUACGAUGGGGUAGGUGGUACUAAUGGUAAUUCCGAGACCAAUGGCUCCCACCACUGGGCCAUCAACAACAGCCGUCCAGCCUUCGAAACAGCUGACUUUAUGCGCUUCGGGAAGACGAUUAUUGCUCAAAUCAGCAACGUCACCAACAAGAAGGGUAUCGACUAUGUGCAGGCCAUGGUGCCCGAAGGGUAUACCGUUGAGAUUCUGGAAACCAACGAGGGGUUCACGACGAGGCACAUUGACGCAACCAUCCUGCCUCUCCGCAAGGGACUCCUGGUGUACAGCCCUCCUCGUGUCUCCGAGGAGAGCCUCCGCUCUCAUGCUGUCUUCCAGGACUGGGAGCUUCAUCCGCUACCCUAUACUCCGCAGCCUGAAAAGAACCCAUGGCCUCCGCAGUAUAUGUGCUCGCCCUGGCUCGUACUGAACGGGCUGAGUCUAGACGAGAAACGCAUUUUUGUUGAAGAAAAGAACAAGGAGUUUGCAGAUUGGAUUAGAGACCGGUUUGGGAUGGAGCCGAUUUUGUUGCCGUUUGCUCAUGUUAAUAGCAUAGGAGGAUCGUUUCAUUGCUCGACUGUUGACCUGGUUAGAUCAGCAUAA